AUGCCUCGCAAAUCUGAUUGCCAGAAGCUCCUAGAGGGGGUGGAAAUGACGCUCAUCGCAUCCCUUUGGAAGAUGAAGAUGGCUGAUCGUAAAUCUAAGGCUCUCCACUCGAACCCAUCAAAUCAACUCGUCUUCAACUGUCUAAUCACUGCUAUUAUCAGGAUCAAGAGGCUCCUCUCAAACGACCUUCUCCUCAUCAUUGUCAAUCUUGCUCCAGUGAACUUCCAACUGAGGAGAUCGGCCUUUGACCUUCAUGAAUACUUAAAAAAAAAGAAUCUGGAUCAAUCAAAAAGGCAAGUAUUGUUACUUGUCCAAUUGAUCGACCAGCUAUCUUCGGCCCGAUACACAGUCCCCAGGACCCCUCAGCCUCGGGUUGCUACCAUCUCUAGAACAUACAAAGUGCUGAUAGGCACGACUGAGGAUGUAUUCAUGAUAUAUGCACGGAUGUCGCGAAAAAGUUUUUUUUCGCUAGCAGACACAAUUAAUAACCAUCCAGUAUUUCAUAAUAACUCCAACAACCCUCAAGCACCAGUCAAAAUGCAGCUUAUAGUUGCUCUCUCCAAUCUUGGCUUGUAUGGGAAUGCGGGAUCCGUGGAAAACUACACUAAUCGCUGUAUGUUUGCGAUCAUUGAGACAUUGGAGAAAAAACAGGUGUACUGGCCAAACACUCAACAGCGUGCCAAUCUGACCGCAAAUCUAGCUGGGAAGACGGUGUUUGAUGGCUGCAUCGGCUUCGCCGAUGGGACAAUUUUCCCUUUGGCAUCGGCACCGACAAAGCACAAAGAAGAUUACUGGAUGCGCAAAAUGGUAUACACAGUUAACUCCUUGAUCGUCUGCAAUUGGCAGAGGAGAAUCAUCUACGCAGUCCAUGGAUGGUGUGGGAGUGCCCACGACCAACGAGUGUAUAAGAACUGCCAACUGUACCGGAAUCCGCGGGGCUUUUUUUCGGCUGGCGAAUACUUGCUUGCCGGCUCAGCUUACACCUCAACAGACACUAUCAUCCCUGCCUUCAAGAGAUCGCCUGGUCGGUCCCUACCUCCUGAAAAGCAACAGUUCAAUUAUGAGCUGAGCCAUAACCGAGUCGUGGUCGAGCAUACAAUUGGAAUGCUCAAAAAUCGGUGGCAAUCGUUGAAGUCGCUCUCAAUUGAGAUUCUUGGUAAGAAGACCGCCAAACAACUCAACGCAUGGAUUCGGACUUGUGUUGUAUUACACAACUAUCUCCUUGACCUCCGCGAAGUAGAGUGGGCGGAGCUGAACCAACCAGUUCAGAACUUUGACCCUGAAGAGGAUGAAGAGGAAGAUCCAGGCUUGAUUAUGUGCGAGGACGGUGCUCGCCAAGAUGCUCUAUUUCAGAGGUUUUGCCAGCUUCUUUAG